CAGCCUACCUCCAACUCUAACUGUAUAACCGCGCAGCAGUAACAUUUUUAUUUCUUUUCGAAUUUUCGCUUGUGUUUUGAUAUUGUCUCGUGAUAGCGCGCGUUGCUCAAGUGUUUGCAAUUGAUAAUAAGCCGUCAAGACAAAUUAAUACAAUAAACGAGUAAAUAAAAAAAUGCCGCAGAGCCCAACAACAAAUUGGUCAUUCCAGCCGCUUCAUCGUCAGCGCAGCGGGCAGUUUCAGCACCAUGUGCUCAAUUCGGUACCGGAGACGGCUGUGCUGACCACACCUCCGCCGUUGCGAAAAGCAACAACAACACGCAGAUACAUAACAACGCGCAAGAAGGCCAAAAGCACUAUGAAAAUGCUUGUCGUGGAUACGGAGGAGGCUGAGGCGCUAAAUUUGCAAAUUGAAUUUGAAUGGGUGCUGCGGCAAGAAGUACAUGCAAUAUUAAAGCAAUUGCGAUCUAUACUCGUUGAGUGCGCGCAUAGAUUUCCCGUGCCGCUGUACGACAAUGAGGGCAAGAAGACUGAAAAGUUUAUACUCAGCGUUUCGCCGGACCAGCUGAAGGCGGUGCUAACUCUAACUGGUGAUGCCAUUACACAGGCGGAUAUUAGUUUUAAACUGUGCAAGGCGCCAAGUCAAACGCAACGUACCUCAAUUACCCACGAUUCGCCUUGGAAGCUGCAGCAGGUUCAAGAUGCCGCCAAUCAUCUGCAAACAGCAAUCAAUCACAUUGACGACGUUGAUGACUCUUAUCACUUCAAAACCUCGGAUGAAGUGUUACAUGUGAUAGGCAAUAUUCUGGAUGCACUGCAACGUGGACGAAACAGUCUGCUAGUACCGAAGAAGAAACCCAUUGAGGAGCUAAUCAAGGGACGCAAUAUGAAGUCGCUGGUGCCCAAUUUGCCGGAAGACCUAGCUGUUAGCUUCUAUCUGCAAAGCCAUAAGCUCAUAAUUGCCGUUUACCAACUGCUGAAUAAUCAAGGCACCAUGCAGUUUGACUCACGCCAAGCCGAGAUUGGUGUGCAGUGGCUCAACGAUGUGCUGCUCCUGCUGAUGAAUGGCCAAAAGCUAUGCCAACAGCUGAAAGACAAGAUUUCAGUGUUUUCGGUGUAUAAAGAUUUUACAGUUGGUUCGCGUUCGCCUUCAGCUUUAUCGUACUGAACUCCAAGCAUUAUAGCUCGCCCUACCCAAAUAACUAAAGUAAAUGGAAAAACAAUAACAACAAUAAUAGCUGUUAAAAAUGUACUUGUAAUAGUUAAAGCGUAAAUAAUGUUACCAAUAAUCUAAACUAUAUACAGAGCUAUAUACAUACACCUAAAUUAGUUUAAUGUACACAUACCUACAAUCGAAACAUUCAUGAUAUAUUUGUAGAGAGGUUCGUUUUCAUUGCUUCAUGUCACUCCAAUUAUGCAUCUAAAUGCAAUAGAGAUACGUUUAUAAAUUAACUGUGUUUUGUAAUAUGUAACUAAAUGAAAUUGCUAGAUAAUUGUAAUUAUUAAUUAAUAUAUUUAUAGUUUGUAUGUUAAAUUUACAUAUUUAUGUCCUAUGCAAGCCAGCAGUUGAAAAUUCUGUACUUAACAGCUCAGUACUUAACAGUUUCAUGUAAACACAAAAACAACAACUGC